AUGCCGGAUAACACUCCCUACUAUCGCGCCGAACUCUCUGUCUCGCCCUCUCCUCCAUUCCUCCCCGUCACCCACCUCACGCCCCAGCCGCCCUACACCCCGUUCGACUCGGGGUCUCCUUCUCUUAAGACCCGUAUCACCACAAUGGAGAACGAAAUCAAACUCCUGAAACGAGCACACCGCCUGGGCAGACCCGCGGACCGGACAAGACCCAUCAUAGCAAAAUUUCUCAACUACAGGCAAAGAGAGAUGGUGCUCCGCUUGGCCAGAGAAAAGCACCCUCUGCUUCUAGACGACAACCGCAUCUCAUUCUACCCGGACUACAGCGCUGAGACCCAACGCAACAUGCUCGCAUACAACGAGGUGAAGAAGAAACUACGGGAUAAAAACAUCGAGUACGCGAGCCGCUAUCCUGCAAAGCUGAGAGUGCGCCACGAAGGGGCAUUCAAGCUUUUCUCAUCACCCGCGGAGGUGGAAAACUUUCUCCGCACUUUGGAAGAUUAA